GCGGAGAAGGGGGCGUGGCCACGGAGCCGCUGGCGUCGGCGCCGGACGCGGGAAGCUGAAAAAUGACCACUGCUAACAAGACACCACCCGGUGCAGAUCCAAAGCAACUGGAAAGGACUGGAACUGUUCGAGAAAUUGGAUCACAAGCUGUUUGGUCACUUUCCUCUUGUAAACCAGGAUUUGGUGUGGAUCAGUUACGAGAUGAUAAUCUAGAAACGUACUGGCAGUCUGAUGGAUCACAGCCUCAUUUGGUGAACAUCCAAUUCAGGAGGAAAACAACAGUGAAAACGCUGUGUAUUUAUGCAGAUUAUAAAUCAGAUGAAAGCUACACUCCAAGUAAGAUCUCUGUCAGGGUAGGAAACAACUUCCACAAUCUACAGGAAAUCCGGCAACUUGAAUUAGUGGAACCAAGUGGUUGGAUUCACGUAGCCUUAACAGAUACUCAUAAGAAACCUAUCCGCACUUUUAUGAUUCAGAUUGCUGUUUUAGCCAAUCACCAAAAUGGAAGAGACACUCAUAUGCGGCAAAUCAAGGUGUAUACGCCAGUGGAAGAAAGUUCUAUUGGUAAAUUUCCUAGGUGUACAACAAUUGAUUUCAUGAUGUAUCGUUCAAUCAGGUAAACAAACUCAAUUUUGCAUUGUAUUUUUGUUUAAUUUUCAAAUAAAGACAUAAAAUCUUCUUGCACUGUCUAGUUCCUGGGUGUGGGUGGGUGCACUGCAGACAUCCUCAUGGAUGUAACUUCACAAUUGUUUAUUUUAUUUAUUGCUUUUCCUUUCUAGAAACAGAAGGGGGGAAACCUCAGAAGCUUCUUCAUUUGAUAAUUAUCUGUUAGUGUAUUUUAUUGUAUAAUUCCAUUAUUACAUUGGGUUCCCCCAAGAGUGUGUAAAUGGCUCUUUAAAGUGUGAUUAUGUAAUUUUGUUCAAUGUACAGGGAAGCUGAUGAAUAAAUUCAUGAACUUUGCCUUA